AUGGAGAAUGAACAAUUUUUUGCAGACGAGCCCGAGGUCGACACACGCAACGCCUGUCGCACUGCCGAGGAUGCAGAGCAGCACUCGCGCCGCAGCGCAAGUCCCCUGCUGUCCGACAUGCCCCCAGAUCAUGAACUCCCUGAAGAGCAGAUUUUUGACAACGUAAAACCUCAGCCAUCAUGGAGGGCACCCAGUAUCUGGUGGCUGUUGCCAUUCGGCCUCCUGUUCAUGGUGGGCUUCGGUGGACUCGCCGUGCCCAAGAUCAAUUUGAUCAUCUCUCUGGUCUGUCGAGAUUAUCUCGCUGAAAAGAGUCUCAAAGAGCCCGGUUUUACUUAUCUUCCGGUCGCCUUCGGGAGAGACAAUUCGCACUGUCAAAUCCCCGAGGUACAGUCACUGGUUGCUCGGUUCCAGCUCUACCUCAAUCUUGCAGCUGGCAUUAUCUCGGCACUGGUCAGUCCCCGACUGGGGCAUCUGUCCGACCGGUAUGGACGGACCAGGAUGAUCGCGCUGGGCGCCAUGGGCGCUGUGCUGAAUGAAGUCAUCACCGUGAUUGUCGCGUCUUGGCCCGAACGCAUGCCGGUUAAUCUGCUCCUGGUCGGGGCCAUGCUGGACGGCUUGGGCGGGUCCUUCACUGCAGCACUGGCUUUGAUCCAUUCCUAUGCAUCUGAUUGCACGCCGCCCGAGCGACGGAGCGUGGCAUUUGGUCUAUUCCAUGGCGCUCUAUUCUUUGGAAUCGCCGCGGGCCCCAGCGGAGCAGCAUUCUUGAUUAAAAAGUCUGGCGGGACUUUGCCUGUCUUCUAUAUUGCCCUCGCACUUCAUGCGACUUUUUGUCUGGCCGUCGCUUUUAUUGUCCCCGAGUCUCUCUCCCAGGAACGCCAACAAGCCGCCCGUGACAGGCAUCGGGAGAAGACCGCUGACAAUGGAGCCUCCAACUGGUGCUCGUGGAGCUCUUGGAACCCAAUCCAUCUUGUGACACCUCUCGUCAUUCUCCUGCCAGCGGUAGGACGGCCGAGUGUGCUCUUUCCCACGCGCCGAGGCGCCACUCCGACUCUUCGACGAAAUAUUGUCUUGCUGGCCGCCAUCGACACAGUCGUCUUCGGCGUUACCAUGGGUGCCGGACAGCUCAUCAUCAUCUACGCUGAGUACAUGUUCCAUUGGGACAGCGUGGAAUCUAGCCUGUUCGUGUCGGUGAACAAUGUGGUGCGCGUGAUCAAUCUCUUCGUGGUUCUCCCGAUCGUGGCUCGGCUCUUCCGCACACCAACCAAGGACGACGGCAGCAUCCGCGGAUCCGAUAUGCUGGACAUCGUGCUCAUCCGGCUCUCGAUUCUCUUUGAUAUCUUGGGCUAUAUUGGUUACAUGCUGGCAAGGCAUCCAGCGAUGAUGAUCCUAUCCGGCGCCGUCGCGUCUCUGGGUGGCAUGGGAUCACCAACCCUGCAGGCCUCGCUCACCAAGCAUGUCCCUCCCGAUCGGAUCGGCCAGAUGCUUGGUGUCACGGGUCUUUUACACGCCCUUGCCCGCAUUAUCGCGCCGACUAUCUUCAAUCUGAUCUAUAGUGUGACCGUCGCCACCUAUCCUCAGGCUGUUUUCGUGUCCCUAGCGGCUCUGUUUGGCGUGGCGUUUUUCCUGAGCUGGCUUAUUCGACCAUACGUCAAUCUGGAUGAGGUCCCCUCGCAUUCGAGAGACGAGGCUAAUGAGCAUGGCUACGAUGAGAAUACCCCACUGCUGCGGUGA